UCCGACUUCCGGCAGAGACACCUCAGCUGUUGCUCACUCAUCAACUAACCACAAGAUGGUAUACCGCCGCCCUGAUUCUAUACCAAUGCCAACGGUAUGGCACCGAUUCACAGCACGCGGUACCAACUUCAGGGUCCAGGAUCUGAUGGAAGACCAAGUGGAAACAGCUGUUCAGCUGCUGGUGAAGUACUUCAUGGCUGAUGAGCCACCUUGCAAGUAUAUAGGUAUCCAUAAAUAUCCUACAGCUCAAGCUAAUUUGGAGAAACUGUGGCGUGAUACGAUUCGAGACAAACUGUCAUUAGUUUGUGUAGAAGAUACAGACAAUCCUAUAAACAUUAUUAGCGUCAACGUAUUAACAGUUGCUUCGAAGGACGACAAGGAAGAACCGUUUAAAAGCGAUGACAAGAUAUGGACCAAGCUGUUUGGUGCCGUUGACACAGUCUCCCGUGGCGUGGACAUAUUCCAACUAUAUGGUGUGGAUCAGUACUUGACUGCGUAUGGACUGGUGGUAGACCCGAGCUGGAGAGGCCUGGCAAUUGGGAAGGAGAUGCUUCUUGCGCGGUAA